AGGGUGGAGCUAAAAGAAAAACUAUGAAUGGCUUCAAAAUAGGCUGAAAUGCGAAAUGAGACAUCUACGCUUUAUCGGACGCUGCGUUUUUUUCUAUGUGACAUCCAAAGGGACUGGGCAGUAAAGGGAGAAGAAGGGAACAAAAGAUGUCGGACGUUGAAGGCGCUGACAGUUCAGAGCAGCUGAAUAAAUUUGAGAAAUUGACAGGCAGGCCGCCGCCCGAACCGAUGUUAGCAGGUCCUCGAACUCCUCCCGCCCGCAGCGGCCAUCGCUGCGUCGCUGACAACACUAACCUGUACGUGUUUGGGGGUUACAACCCGGACUAUGAAGAGUCGGGGGGCUCCGAAAACGAAGACUAUCCACUAUUCAGGGAGCUUUGGCGGUACCAUUUUGCCACGGGCUGCUGGCAGCAGAUUCGAACUGAGGGUUACAUGCCCACAGAGCUGGCGUCUAUGUCAGCUGUUUUACACGGUAACAACCUUCUGGUGUUCGGUGGCACCGGGAUUCCCUUCGGGGAAAAUAACGGCAAUGAUGUUCACGUUUGUAACGUGAAGUACAAGCGAUGGUCGCUGCUCAACUGUCGAGGGAAGAAGCCGAACCGGAUAUACGGACAGGCGAUGGUCAUUAUAAAUGGCUUCCUGUAUGUGUUUGGUGGAACGACGGGUUACAUCUACAGCACAGACCUGCACAGACUAGAUCUGACCACCAGGGAAUGGAUUCAUCUCAAACCUAACAACCCGCCUGAUGACCUGCCAGAGGAAAGAUACAGGCAUGAAAUAGCACAUGAUGGACAGAGGAUUUAUAUUCUGGGAGGUGGGACUUCCUGGACGUCAUACCCUCUAGAUAAGAUACAUGCUUAUAAUCUGGAGACAAACUCUUGGGAGGAGAUCACAACAAAACCACAUGACAAAAUAGGAUAUCCUGCUCCUCGACGAUGCCAUAGUUGUGUGCAGAUACGCAACGAUGUAUUCAUUUGUGGAGGCUACAACGGGGAGUUGAUACUAGCCGAUCUGUGGAAGCUAAACCUGCAAACUUUCCAGUGGAGUAAACUACCAGCAGAGAUGCCUGAGCCAGCCUACUUUCACUGUGCUGCUGUAACCCCUGCUGGCUGCAUGUACAUUCACGGAGGCGUAGUGAACAUCCACGAGAACAAGAGGACUGGCUCUCUGUUUAAGAUCUGGCUGACUGUUCCCAGCCUGCUGGAGCUGUGCUGGGAGAAGCUUCUCAAAGCCUACCCCCACCUGACUUCUCUCCCCACCUUUCACUUGUACAACCUGGGCCUCACGGAGGAGCUCGUAGACCGUGUCAAGUAGGCGCACAGGAACGGGAUAAAUUUCCCAGCAGCACUCUAGAUGAUGCCUGAUGUAGCCCCCGCCUUAAAGCCAAAAACAAUGGGAUGCCUUUUUGUUUUUUUUUAAGUUCCCAUAUUUUUUGUUUGUUUUUUUGUUUUUUGCCUGUUUUUUGUAGAUACGAGGAUGAGCGUCAAUAUUUUUGGAACGUUUUAUGGAUUAUAUUCUAUUCCCUGUGCCAUCACUGCAUCUGUAGAGCGUUAAAUUCUGGACGUCCUCUUCCAACAAACUGACAAGUUGUAAAAAAAAAAAAAAAACAAUACAAAAACUAUAUUUUGCCAU